AAUAUAAUUGUUGCAGGAACCUUAAGACCGCCAGGCCUGAUAGGAGGGAGCAAACCAAAGGUAGCAACACCAGCUGUAGUUUCUAAAAUAGAACAAUAUAAGAGGGAAAAUCCUACAAUUUUCGCUUGGGAAAUUAGAGAAAGACUUAUAUCAGAAGGAGUCUGUACGAACGCCACUGCGCCCUCCGUGAGCAGCAUUAAUAGAAUAUUAAGAAAUAGGGCUGCUGAAAGGGCUGCUGCAGAGUUUGCGCGUGCCGCUGGUUAUGGACUGUACCCUCCCCAUCCCUACGCCGCUGCUGCUGCAUUUCCGUGGCAUUCGCCAUUAUGGCCCAAUGGACCCUUAGGAUUUCAACCUCCCGGUUCUACAAAUCCCUCUGUUAUAGGUGGUAGCCCUUCCUCAAGUACGUCGCCUCAUCCAGAUUCUAACCUCCUCAAUUCCCCUCCUGGAGGACUGGAUAAGGACGACUCCAGUCUGGAUAGUUCGGAACAACCCAAAUUUCGAAGAAAUAGGACUACGUUUAGUCCAGAUCAGCUAGAGGAGUUGGAGAAAGAGUUUGAGAAGAGCCAUUACCCUUGUGUGUCAACCAGGGAGAGACUAGCGUCGAAAACGUCGUUAUCUGAAGCUAGAGUUCAGGUUUGGUUUUCCAACAGACGAGCCAAGUGGCGCCGCCAUCAGCGCAUGAACCUGCUCAAACAGUCGUCGCCGGGGGGUGGCGGGGGCGGCCACAAUCCCACCGCGUCGCUCUUUGCAGGGGGGCGGCUCACCCCCUCGCCACACUACAAAGGUUCCGACCCUGGGUCGCCCCUUACCUCGCCUUUGGGGGCGGCUGGACAGCCAGUGGGCUCGCAUCAGCAUCAGCUUUUGCUGCAGAUGGGCGGAGAAAAUAGCGCAUUUAAAGCUCUUGUUCCAAACUCACUCCUUACUCACGAACACCUCCAAAAACUCCGAGCCUACGACUCCGAUUCGGACGAAGAAAUCAACGUCAACGACGAAUCGGACAUCGAAGAGGAUAGACUGAGACGGUCCUGUAGCCCUGUGGAAGUGGUAGAUACCAGUCCCAAAGAAAACCAACCCUUGCAACUAACCAUGCACGACAGAGAAUGAAAAAAUCUUAAUUUUAUUUUUUUUUGACCGACAGAAAAUCUUACGACAUUUUUUUACGUAUAGGGUCACCUUUAUUUUAUUUAAAAAGGUGUGAUAUCCUGCUAGAAUGACCUGGGCCACCCUGUACAUGUAAUCUAUUUAUUUUAAUUUAUUUAAAACAAUCUCAUUUUUUUUUGACCGAAAGAAAAUUUUACGAAAUUUUUUACGUAUAGUGUCACCUUUAUUUUUAUUAAAAAAGCGUGAUAUCCUGCUGGAUUGAGAUGGGUCACCCUGUAUAUGUAACGCCAUGGACUAAAAUGACCAAAGAAAUGGUUUUUACUGAAAAAAAAUACUUGAUAAUAUUGUAAAAUAAAUCUUGAAAUGUUCCUUAUUUUCUUUUAAUUAACUUUCAUCUAUAGUACCUGUAUGUAUGUAUGUAUCUACUUAAAAAAAAACUCUAGCAAAGUUCUUGUACAUUUUUCAUAUUUCGCUAAUUUUUGGGAGAUAAAAAUCCGUACUCAAUGUAAUAUUCCUGUACUAUAUUUAUGAUAUACCUAAGUAGCUUAAUUUUAUUUAUUUUGUUUAAAACUUUAAAUAAAUUAUUAUCGAUUUUACUGCAACAAGUUUAAAUAUUGUUGUUUGGAUUGUGUAUAAAACUGUAAAGUAAAGUAUUUUUAGGUGUAAGUAAAGAAAAAUGUUAAUAAUCAAUUAUUAAGUAAAUGUUUA